AUGUCAAUAUCGUUUCAACCAGAGCUGGUGCGGGCGAGACUGCGGCCGUUUGGCAUCUCGUUUGAGAAGUCGCUGACGGAUCUCAUAAAAGGAAUUCGUCUCAAUAACUCGAACCCUGAACGGUUGUACAAGUUCUUGGAGGAUUCAAUUCAGGAGUGCAAAGAUGAGCUGAAAACGAACGAUUCAGAGCUGAAGUCUAUGGCUGUACUCAAAUUGGCCUACUUGGAGAUGUACGGCUUUGAUAUGUCGUGGUGUUCCUUUCAGGUGCUUGAGGUGAUGUCCUCCUUCAAGUUCCAGCAUAAGCGUAUCGGGUAUCUUGCUGCUUUGGAGAUCUUUAUGGGCAACCCCAACGACGACGCGUUGAUGCUUAUGACAAAUUUGCUGAAGAAAGACCUUCAUUCAAGCAAUUACGUGGAAACUGGACUUGCUCUCAGUGGAAUUGCCACCAUUGUGACACCAGAUUUGGCCCAGGAUAUUUGCGAAGACAUCGUGAAGAUGCUGAACCAUUCAAAGCCGUUCAUCCGCACGAAAUCGGUGUUGGCGAUGUACAAAAUCUUUUUGAAGUAUCCAGAAGCCUUGAGAAAUUACUUCCCCAGAGUUGAAGAGAAGCUUAAGGACGAGGACACUAGCGUUGUCAGUGCUACUGUCAACGUGAUCUGCGAGUUGAGCACUAAGAACCCCAAAAAUUACAUCGAUUUGGUGCCGCAGUUAUUUGAGUUAUUUCUCAAUUCGAACAACAACUGGAUGAUGAUUCGUCUGCUGAAGCUUUUCUCUUCCCUCUCUUUGGUUGAGCCUAGACUAAAGUUCAAGCUUCUUCCAGAGAUCCUGAAGAAAAUGCAAAACACACAGGCAUCUUCCCUGGUUUACGAGUGUAUCAACUGUAUACUCACUGGAAGGAUGCUCACGCCUGCUGAUGAACACAUUGCUGAGAUGAUCAUCGACGAGCUGGUGGCUUUCUUCCAGAGCGACGACCAGAAUUUGAGAUACGUCGGACUGCUUGCCUUUAUCAAGACCGUGAGGAUCUACAAGAAGUUCAUCAGAAAGCACGAGAAGGUUGUUCUUGCCGCUAUCGAUGACGAAGAUCUAACCAUCAAGGGUAAGGUGUUGGACAUUGUGCACUAUCUCGUUACAGCCGACAACAUCGUGACCGUGGUCCAGAGAUUGCUGAUGGAGUUGAUUCCCAUUGAUGAGGCUGACCAGCAUGGGGAAUCACAAUCACAGCAUCAGGCCAUUCCAGAUUCUCUCAAGCUUCAGAUCAUCACCGAGAUACUGAAGAUCUGUUCUGCCGAGAACUACGCGAGCGUGCCCUCUUUCGAAUGGUAUUUGGCAGUGCUGAAGGACUUAAUGAGACUCAACAAAAUAAAUAAAGUCAAGGGUGUGGAUAAACUUGUUUCGGAAACGUUUAUCGACAUUGCUAUCAGAGUUCCUUCUAUGAGGUCAGCAGUCUACAAGGUGUGCAUCGACUACUGUAUCACCGAUGCUGAAGACCAAAAGAACCUCACGAACGGCCUCAAAAACUUUGUUUGGAUUCUUGGUGAGUACUAUAUCGACUAUAUCCAAGAUGAUGAGGACGAUGACAAGCUUAAUGGGUACCAGAUAAUUGCCGAUAUCGUAUCGCAACCUGGGAUUCUCGAUCUUGCAGACUCUCCCCUCUCCGAUGACACUCUGGCUAUCUUUAUUAGCUCGUUGGUUAAGCUGUUUGCCGCUUUUGCGAACGAGGGUUUGGGAAACCAGAGCUACGAGUUCGAUCCCGACUCUUGGGAUCUUAGACGCUACGAGGCUCUCAUUGAACUGAACUCCAAGCUGAUCAAGUGGCUAUCGAACUUUGAACAAUGCAUCAACUUCGAGAUACAGGAAAGAGCCUGUUCCUUUUUGGAAGUCCUGAAACUGUUGAAUGAGUCUCUUAGGACGCACAUCACACACGAAGGACCUCCGCCUCCACCAACAUUCCUGACCAAGGCGCUGCCUUCGAUGUUCAACUCUUAUCCGCUUAAGCCAAUAGGUGUCUCUGUUCAGGCCAAGAUCCCCAAACCAACAGAUUUGGACCUUGAACUGGUGAUUGAUGCCAGUUCCUGGGAAGCUCUUUCAACUUUGGCGUUGGACUCUACUUUUGACAAUGCUUCAGACUCUGAAGCCUCGCUGUUUUCGGGCAACGGAUCUGAGCCCGAAUCCGAAAUAGAUCUUAUCGACCAAGAUUCGGUCACGGAAGUGGUGGAGGAUGUUUCAAAGAGAAAAAAGGAGAGAUUGGCCAGAUUGAAGGACGAUCCGUACUACAUUUCGCUGGAUUCGGACAGCAAUGUGCCUUCCUCAAAGUCGUCCACACCUCCAAAGACUGCGAAUGGGGCCAAGAAGACGAAAACAGCCACCAAGACAAAACCAAAACCUAUCAGGAGAGAGAAAGUACUGAUUUUGGACGACGAAGAAGGCGGCGAUGUGGUCUCAGACCCGGAAACGAAGCCUGUGAAAUCCAGAAAGAAGAAACUGAUAAUCGACUCAUCCAACUUGGACAACUUCGACAUCACUGCUGAACAACCUGGUGACGUGGCAGGUGCCUACGAAGUGGAGCAACUGAGAAAACAACUGGUUGCAGAAAGUGCUGCUGGCAUACAAACCGAGGUCCCAAAGGCAAAAACCAAAGUCACCAAGAAGAAGAGCGGUACCAAGAAGAAAGGGUCCAAGAAACUCCCAGAAGAGUCCGCUCUGAAAACGGAAAAGAAAAAGAAAAGAAAGGCAAUUAUAGAUGAAUAA